UCUCUCUCUCUCUCUCCCUGACGUUUUCAUAUUUUCAUUGCUUAUAAUAAAGAAAAACAAAAAUUAUUCAGUCACGUGAUUUUGUCACAUGUUUAAAAUGUGUUCAUCCAGAAGAUUUGUGUCUUCCUGAUUGGAUGUCUAAUGAUGUCACACGUCAACGACACAUGACUCAGCUCGACUUUUAUCUUCAGUCUGAAAACUUGACGAUUAAAUGUUUAUAGUUACGACCGAUGAGACUUGAUUAAACAAUCGUAAAGAGUUAAACAGUUCCGAUGAAAUAAAAUAAAGUGUAAACAGAUGUUUUCAGAGGAAGUUUCAUCAUGUUCAGGAUUGUGUGGUUCCUCUGUGGUCAUGUGAUCGACGUGUGAAGCUCAUCACGUCCUCGUGGAUCAGACGUGUCGUGUGUUUGAACCCCUGACUCAGACUGAAUCAUGUCCCUUUUUCUGAAAUUCAGGAAACAGUGGCGGGGGGACAAGACUCCCAUGAGUCUUCGCUGCUCUGUGACUCAAACUGAUCUAAAAUAAGACGAGAACUGAAAAUAGAGAAAAAGAUGAAGUGACCUCUGACCUCUUUCACUGGUUUGCUCUGAUCAUACCUUGUAUUGAUUAACUGUCGCCAUCUGAUCACAUUGUUUAAUUAAUCCAUAAUGAUUGUUAUUGGUCUUUAGUGACCAGAUGUGUGAGUGAACAUCUGGACCCCAAGGACAGAGGGGUGCUUCAGGUUUAUUGGCAUCAGGAUGUUUCCUGUUUCCACACAGCUGUGGGCGUGUCUUUGUUUCUGUGUGAACGUUCUAAAAGUUUGUUCCUCAGACUGAAGUGGAUCAGCGGCUCGGCACUAUGUGUGUGUCGAGGUGUCUACAGUGUGUGGGCAUGUCUCUGGUUCCCAUGGCAAUCAUCUGCAUGUUGUCCAACAUCCUGCUGCUGCUUCCUGAGCUGAAGACCAACUUCCUGUUGGAGGGUCAUGUGACCAGGGAGGCCACAUGGGCCACAGGUCUCUGGGCGUCAGGCUUUCUGGUUCUUCUUGGAGCUCGAGCGUCUAUUCGCAGCAGCGGCACCAGAGGCUGCUGUGCAUUCAGGCGUCAGAUGUUGUGUCAGGUGCUGAACUCCACGGGUUGUCUGGUGGCAGCUGGUGGCUGUUGUCUGGUCAGUGUUACUGGCCUCACUCAGGGGCCCCUCUGUCUCUACAACACCACCACUGGCCCCGUAUGGGGGGUCCCACUGCGGCCCCUUCAUGACUGUCAAUCAAGUUACCUGUACAAUGCCACCCUGUGGUCAGGAGUGUGUCUGCAGCCUCGUGCUGUGGUUCAGUGGAAUGUAGUUCUGUUCAGUGUGAUGGGGGGUGCAAGCGGGCUGCAGACUCUCCUCUGUGCAGCAAACGUCCUGAACUCAGUGCUGGGCCUGCUGCUGGGACGAGGUCUCCACGGCAACAAGGUCAGUCCAGUCUCAGUUUAAGACGCCCCCUGGUGGAUCCUGAAUGAGGACGACAUUCAACACUUCAUGAUAUCAAGUUAUAAAAUCUUUGAAAUGGGUUGAAAUCUUUGAGCUUGAAAAUUAGUUUUAUUUUGAAAAGCACAGAAGCACUUUGGAUAAAAUAAGACUUAAAGAUAAAUAAUGUCAAUUAUUAUUAAUUAGGGUUCAUUAUUAUGAUGAUAUAUUAUUUAUAUAUAUAUAUAAAUUAUAUAUGACACAAACUUGUCAUUCGUCAAUGUUCUUGUUUUGUAUCAGUCAGAUAAGUGUGUGUCAGGCAGCAUGUGAGUAAAUAAAGUGUAUG